AUCGCCUUCCGGCUGCGUCGAAGGACUAAAAACGCCUCUGGCCCCUGUGGGCCUGGCCCCGACGACUCUUGUCCCCUCGUCACGCGCCAAGCCCGACCCCAAGCGCCCGCCGAGUCUCCUAGCUGCCUUCACACCGGUGGCCGCUCCUUUGAUUCUCCCGAGACCCCGGCGGGGCGCGGAUAGCGCAGGGGUCACGGAGGCCGAGAAAGACUGAGUGCACAGGUCCCAUCAGGAGCCGGACUGGCGACCACCAUCCCUGGAGGGCGACGCCUGGGAGGGCCCCGCCGCGGGGAGAGGGCAGAGGGGGCGCCGGACGCACGGCGAACUAACUGCAGGCGCCGGGCCGCGAACCGGAUUCCCUGAGGAGUUGAGGAGUUAGGGGACCUGUAAGAAGAAAGCCAUGGACUUUGUUGAGGAAAGCACUGACAUGGAAGAGGAUGAGCUCCCCGGACAGAGCGUGUCCCCCAGAACCCCCCCGUUGGCGAGGCCACCAGCCAAGGAGACGUGGGCCACGAAGACCCAGACCUACUUCACUCAAAUGAGAAAAAAUGAGAACAUCUUGAUCCAGGUCGCCUUUUCUGUCGGGGUAGGCAGCAUCUGGCGUUUCCCCUACCUGUGCCACCGGAAUGGAGGAGGCAGCUUUCUCCUGCUAUACCUCUUCAUGCUCGUCUUCGUGGGGAUCCCCCUCUUGUACAUGGAGAUGAUCAUGGGGCAGUGGCUGCGGAUGGACAACAUGCGGAUCUGGAAGCACCUCGUCCCCUGCCUGGGCGGCAUGGGCUAUGCGAGCAUGCUGGUGUGCAUCUUGAUGAGCCUGUACAACAGCGUCAUCAUCUCCUGGAGCCUCUCCUACCUGUGCCAUGCCUUCCACUACCACCUUCCCUGGAACAGCUGCCCCCUGGUGAAAAACUCCAACAACACCGACCUCUCCUGCCUCCGGACUGUGCCCCACCAGUACUUCUGGUACCACACCACCCUGCGGGCCUCGGGCAGCCUCGAGGAAGGGGUGGAGGCCCUCGUCCUGAACCUCAGCCUGGGCAUCUUUGCUGCCUGGUUCUUCCUCUGCGUAAUCAUGAUCACAGGGCUAAAGAUUUCAAUGCCGAUGCUGAUUUUCUCGAUAUUCUUCCCGUCCAUCAUCCUUCUCUGCCUCCUCGUCCGAUGUCUGUUUCUGGAAGGUGCAGGCACCAGCCUCAAACGUGUGAUGACCACCGAGCUCUCUGCCUUGGCCUCGCUGGACCUGUGGCGUCAGGCCGGAGGCCACGUGCUCUACUCCCUAAGCCUGGGCAUGGGGACCGUCACGACCUUCUCCUCCAAGUUUCGAGGCAACAGCUCUGUCCAGAUGACCUUGUGGGUGGCCCUGGUCAACCUGGUGACCUCGAUGCUGGCCACAACCACCAUCUUUCUGGUGCUGGGGUUCUGGGCCGCCAGCAGUGGCCACGCCUGUGUUGAGAAGAGCGUCUCCACGCUGAUGAAUCUGAUAGCCACGGGGGUACUGCCUCAGGGUGCCAAACCCCCAGAGAGCAUCCUGCUCAGGCCGAACCUGGAGUACCUGAACUGGAUCGACCAACUCCCCCAGCACCUCCAGCACCAGAUCAUACACUUCUCCCCACCCUGCAGCAUCAAGACCCAGAAGGAAACGUUCAUGGACGGCCCUGGCCUGGCAUUGGUGGCCUUCUCCCAAGCUGUCUUGUUGUUUCCUGGUGCCCCUUUCUGGACCAUCAUCUUCUUCCUGGCCAUGCUCAUCAUGGGGCUGGACACCUUGUUGAAAAUCUUGGAAGGCAUUGUCCUUCCCCUUCAGGUCGCCAUGCCCACCUUCAGGAAUCAUCCCAGGCUGCUCUCAGUGGUCAUCUGCGUGGGAGGUUUUCUGGGCAGCCUCAUCUUCACCAGCCACUCCGGCAACUACAUCCUAUGCUUGUUUGAUGACCACCUGAUCCCGCUGACCCUCGUCGUCAUUGUGAUCUUUCAGAAUGUGGCCCUGGCCUGGAUCUAUGGAGCCAAGAGGUUCAGAGAGGAGAUGUUCAGUGAGCUGGCUCGCCUUCUGUGUCCACUCUUCCCUCUCCUGUGGUGUUACGUGACCCUGCCCGGGCUGCUGGUCGUCCUCAUCAUCAGCCUCACGCAGAUCUACCGGAGGACACCCCCCUACUACAUCGCCUGGAAUGCCAGUGCGAGCCAGGAAGUCAAGCAGCCCUUCCUGAAGCACACCCUGGCCUGGCUCUCCUUCCUCUCUGUCCUCUCCCUCCUGCCCAUCCCAGCCCACCCGUUCCAACACUGGUGGUACCAGCAGGACCCCGUCAGCUCCGAGCCCACCGAGAAGAAACUGCCCUUCAAAAAGGUGACCCCGGAUUCCCCCAAGUCCUUACAGUGGCCUAAGUACCCCUUGAAGAACCCCAGCUUCUUGGCCCAGGAGAAAACCAGCGCCAUCUCGUCCAGGGGGUUCGGCAAGCCCUUGGGCAGGGGCCCAAACCUGGAGUCCUUCUGGCACGUGGCCCCAGCCACGCCGAAGCAGGGCAGCCAGAACUCCUCGUGGCUGAGCCUCCCUCACAUCGGCUCUCUCAGUUCCAUGCUGUCCACGAAGAGCAUCAGCCUGCCCCCCUCGAGGCAAGUUAGCCUGGCCUCCGUGGCUGCAGACAGUGGCAACCUGGACGGGGACACCAGGAAAGGAAACCUGCCCAGUACAUCUGUCCAGUAGCUGCUCACGACACCCAUGUUUCCCAAGGCAGCAAAUCUGCCCAACAACUGGUGGCUGGUAGUGCCCAUUUUGCUAUGGGAAUAAUUGGUUCUGCCAGAAAGGAGGCGGAGGGACAUUUGGGCUUGGAAGGAAAUGUUCAACUGGGGAGCUCGUUCCUCUCCAGGAAUAGCACUGAUUCUUUUAGGAGGAACACUGCUCUGGGAUUGGAGCAUUCAGAGGAAGAAAUCAACUCAACCGUUUAGGGGCCGGACCGAAGGCUCCGUUCCCCACCCCUCCCCGCUGUGAAGUGGGGGCCCCGUUUUGGGCUGCUGGGUCGGGCAUGAUAGCUCCUUCCAGGACCCGGCCUGGAGCUAUCCCGGAGAUCAACAGAGUUCUCUCCAACCCCUCCACACCCAGCAACAAACUGGGAGACUGGUACAGCCAUCUUCUCCAGGGUUGCCCUCUUAGAAUGGGACAGUAAUGCCAUGAGUCAAUAAAGAGGUCCACUGGGACCCCAAGCACAGGCUGCCGGCAGAGUGUGUUUCUGUGAGUGGCCCAGACGCCAGCCUCCUCCCACUCACACACAUUCCCUCCAAGCCAAGUCGCCAACCUCCAGCCCAGUCUUAGGGACACAAAUACCGAGCUUCCAGCAAUUCCUUGUCAUGGGAUUGAGCCAAACUAUGAGGAAACGGCAGCAAUCAGUAUCACUCCAUUUAAAUCUACUUGGUAACCGGUGACCACACUAAAUCCACCAUCGGGCUAAAUCUACACCUCCUCUCACCCCCAUAACGGUUAUCUCACUCCUCCUACUUGGUUUCCCACACUGCUAUGACACAUACCACACGGCGGGGUGGCUUAAGCAAUGGAAUUUAUCAUCUCACAGUUCUGAAGGCUGGAAGUCUUGUUUCCUCCCAGGAGGCGCUCUGGCUGGAUGGCGAUCCUUGUGGUUCCUUAGCUAGCCCGUCACCUGGGGAUGUCCUCUUCUUUCUCUUCCAGAUUCCAGUGACUUCCGGCUUCCGACCCCUCCCCUUGGCUUUCUCUUUAUAAGGCUUCCAGCCAUAGGAUUAAGACCCAUUCUGAUCCAGCUGGCCACACCUUAACAAAAAAUAGCAACUUCAGAAGGUCAUAUUUACAAUGGGUUCACACCCACAGGAAUGGGAUUUAAGAUCAGGAACAUGCUUUUCUCUGGGUUGCGUAAUUACCACCUAUGGAGCUACCAAGAGGACAAGGUGCCUAGUAAAGCACGUGGCACAGAGAUCUCCUCUCGCUAUCAUUCUUGGUUCUAACUUGGGAGGGAGUCCCUCACCCACUUGGGCCUUGGGAGGUGGAUUUCCAUGGGACCAGAGAACUUGGAGCUUAUUCGGGUUGUUGGUGGGAGUAGGUCAUGUCUCUGAAUGUCAAAGCAGCUCAAGGAUUAGACCUGUACUCUAGAAGCCACCCCUCUAGUGACUCUCUGGGGUAAAGUGUUUCCCCCACCUCCAAAGGUGGUGCCCAGGAGAAUCGACACCAGCUCCCAUCAGUGCCUCCACUGGUUCCCAAUCAAUUCCCAAGUCAUCGCCUGCCCUUUCACACCUUAGAGGUCUCUAAACAGCCUUUAUCCUGCUCCCUGACCACAACUUUAUGAGUAAACAUUUCCAACAUACAUAGAAAGAUGUGCCUGAACUGCUAUCCCAGACCCAGAGUUCGUGGAGAGCAAGGGAGGAAGCAACAAAGCCAGGAGGUAGGGGACCCUGGGGGAGGAAGGGGCCGGGGACCUUUGCCUCUGAGAUGUUCGGGGCUCUCCAAAUUGGGUUGUAGAGACAUUAGAUCGGGGGUG